AUGGACGGAGAACCGUUCAUAGCAGACGUCAGGGUGAACGGCACAGACUUCGUGCCAUCUCUUGUCGACUAUGGCUGCCUCUGCUACGGCGCGGUUAGCAAGCGCACAUUUCACUCUCUCCAGUUGCCACGUAUACGCGUUCAGCCGCGUAUCUUGGAGAACGCAGCGGGAGACGGCAAGGAGGUCAAAAUCGACAAGAUCACGUAUGUGUCGAUCGACCUCGAUGGACAUCAGCAGCAUCGUGUUUUCAUGUACGUCAUCGACGAUCUGAACUGGGAUAUGAUCCUGGGUAAACGAUGGAUGGAAGACCAGGAUGUUCACAUCCAUGCGAAGGAAGGAUAUCUCGAGAUCGGGUCCAAUGGAGUUCAAUACCACAAGUGGUCUCGAGCUUUCUCUCAGCAACUGGCCGACCAGCUGCCCCCUCAUCGGCCAGCCCUACCCUGGGGACCGCUUUACAGCAUGUCCCGCGAGGAGCUAUUGGUACUACGGAAGACUCUCACAGAACUACUCGACAAGGGAUUUAUUAGAGUCAGCAGCUCGCCAGCCGCGGCACCAGUCCUUAUGAGGGACCGCUAUCCCUUGCCCUUACUGAGCGAGACCUUGCGAACGAUAGCCAAGGCAAGGUGGUUCACCAAGGUAGAUGUUAUAGCAGCGUUCCAUAAGAUCAGGGUCGCCCCCGGCGACGAGGAAAAGACAACUUUCAGAACGCGCUAUGGAUCCUUCGAAUGGCUGGUAGUUCCAUUCGGCCUGACAGGCGCACCAGCAGCCUUUCAGCGGUACAUUAACAGCGCGCUCCAGGAUUACCUAGACGAUUUUGUGUCAGCAUAUAUCGACGAUGUCCUGAUCUUCUCCUCUGGAAGCCUGCAAGACUACCGCGACAAGGUCGGCAAGGUCCUCCAACGACUGAUGGACGCCGGGCUGCAACUGGAUAUCAACAAGACGGAGCCGCUAACGCGGCUAACGAAGAAGGACGUGCCAUUCCGUUGGGAUGAAUUGUGCGAAGAAGCCUUCGAGAAGCUCAAGGACCUGUUGAUCACGGCCCCGAUCCUUGCACACUUCCAUCCAGAAAGGGAGACUAUCGUGGAAGCAGACGCUUCAGGAUUCGCGUCGGGAGGCAAACAUUCGGCAGCCGAAGCGAACUACGCUAUCCAUGACAAGGAGCUACUCGCCAUUCUCAGAUGUUUGGAGCAGUGGGAACCAGAGCUACGGGCAGUAGAGCACUUCAAGAUCCUAACGGACCACAAGAACCUGAGGUUCCAAUUCGAGCUCGAAUGGAGGCCGGGCCGCAAGGGCGGAUUGCCUGACGAACUCUCUCGACGGGACCAGGAUAUGCCGGCCAACUACUCCGAUGAACGACUAAAGGGACGCAUUAUGAGGCUAUUCCAAAAUGAUCACCUUAGAAGGGUCCCAAUAUCGACAUUGUCUACCAACAACGAGGGUGCCCAGGAAAUCAACUUCGGAAAAGAGAUCAGGAUAUUUGAAGAUGAGGAGUUACAGCAGCUGUGGCACGCCGCACGGCAAGAAGACAAGCUUUAUCAAGAACUCACGAAGCUGGUAGCAGAUGGAGCGAAGAGUUUGCCAACAGAGUUACAGAAGGUUGUCAGCAUUUCAGAAUGCUCAUUAGACAAUAGAGGCCUGCUGUGCUUUAGAGAACGCGUCUGGAUACCCGGUUCGGAGCCGCUACGUACAAAGAUCAUCCAGGAAACUCACGACUCUCAUAUCACCGGACAUCCUGGAAGGGACCUCACGUACUCGACUCUGUCGAGACGCUUCUUCUGGCCGGGUGCCGCUAGCGAUGUACGUCGGUUUGUGCGCAACUGCGAGGUUUGCGGACGAAACACCAUCUGGAGGAUACAAAGAAAGGACUCCUAA